AUGAGCUGGCUUCACCCAACCCUUCUGCGUAGCGCACAGCGCGGCUGUCGCUCCUUUGCUGCCUCUGCUCCGUCUCGUCUGUCCCACCAGCCCAACUCCGCUUUCAGGACUUUGGUUCAACGUCGAUCCCAUACAACUGCUUUGUUCUGGGGAACUGCUAUUGCGGCGGCAGCUGCUUUGACGUUAUCGUCUACUAUCUAUCUUGAUGCGCCCCCUGGACCUGGAGAGGACACUCGUGUUGAUCCCGCGAGUAAGAUCGCGUUCCCCACGAAGCUCGUGGUCCAGUCGAAGACACCCCUGCUGCAGUUCUCUCUGAUAGGUGUAGGCGUUCGGACCGUGUCUUUCCUGGGGAUCCAGGUCUACUCCAUUGGCUUUUACACGGACCUGGCGAAUCCUAAGCUCAAGGAGAUGCCUCAUGACGCGUCGCCGGAAGAGAAAAUUCGAUUCAUUGUGGACAAUGGCGCAUGUCUCUUGCGAAUCAUACCCACCCGCUCUACUUCGUACGGGCAUCUCCGCGAUGGGUUUAUGCGGGCAAUGGUAGCACGACAGAACCUCCUCAAAGGACGGGAGGAGCUGUCCAAGGACGAGGAAUUUGCCAUCCAGACCCCACUCCGGCGACUAAAGUCGAUGUUCCCGAACACCCCUCUUGCCAAGCACUCUCCUUUGGACAUUCUUAUCACCUCCCCGUCGUCAAAAGAACAACGCACGCUGGUGGUGCGUGACAUGGGUGACGUCCAGAGCGACUGGCUGGCGCGUAACUUCGUCUUAGCAUACUUCGAAGGAGAUGGCAUCAGCCCACCACUCAAGAAGUCUGUGAUCGAGUAUGUACAGAUCCACUUCUAA